AUGUCGGCAACGGGAGACAAAGGAGACGCGCAGUCGGUCAAUCAGAGUGAAGUGGGCAGCAUGGCCGCGGUCGACCUUGACGUGGCAGAGGGAUUGGGAUUGGGGUCGGACCAAGUCCCUCACGACAUCAAUGGCUUCAGCAUCCUCUCGUUGGGGUUCAACAUCUGCAACAGUUGGGUGGGAAUGGCAUCCAGCCUGGCCAUCGGCAUCACACAGGGCGGCACAGUCACGGUUCUGUAUGGGGCCAUCCUGACCACCAUCGUCUAUCUGGCCACUGCAGCAACCCUGGCCGAGCUCUCGGCGGUAUACCCUACCGCAGGUGGACAGUACCACUUCACAUCACUGCUCGCCCCAGCCAGAUUCAGCAAAGGUCUCUCCUACGCCUGUGGAGUGAUCGCGGCCUUCUCCUGGGUAUCAUUGAGUGCCGCGGUCGCCAUCUUGAAUGCUCAAUGGAUCAUCGCGGUUGCCGUCAUUUGGAAUCCAGGCUACCUUCCUCAUACCUGGCACUAUUUCCUCAUCUACCAGAUGCUGUCUUUCGUCCUGCUUCUCUCCAACAUCUUUGUCGUCAAACGGGCACCUUGGAUGCAUGAUAUCGGAUUCUAUUUGACCUUGACCAGCUUCUUCGUCAUAUUGGUCACCUGUGUGUCCCGAUCCGAUCCCAAGCAGUCAAACGAAUUUGUCUGGACGACUUGGAUCAAUGCCACUGGCUGGCCAGAUGGCAUCUGUUUUCUGACCGGCUUGGUCAAUCCGGCCUUCAUGUACGCCGGCUUGGACGCCGCUCUACACCUUGCCGAAGAAUGCACUCGACCGGAACGAACCGUUCCCAAGGCGGUCAUGUCGAGCGUUGUCAUUGGCUUUGUCACGGCCUUCUCAUUCGCCGUGGCCAUGCUCUACUCUCUCAGCGAUUUUGAUGCCGUUCUGGCCACUGCGACCGGGAUGCCAAUCGUCGAGAUCUUUCUCCAAGCCACUCGCUCCAAGGCAGCGACCACGGCGUUUGCCAUCAUGUCCUUGUGCAUAGGGUUCUUCUGCCUCAACGCCAUUCAACAGACCUCUUCGCGCCUCACGUGGGCCCUCGCCCGGGACAAUGCCUUCAGCUUCUCUCAUGUCAUCUCGCGCAUCCAUCCGACCCUACAUGUCCCCGUGUGGGCUCUGCUGGCAAACUAUGUCGUCAUUUUUUGCUGUGGCUGUAUAUAUAUGGCAUCAACAACAGCCUUCAAUGCCCUGGUUGGAAUCGGCAUCAUCCUACAACAGGCGUCAUUCGCCUUCCCCGCCGCCUUGCUACUGUACAACCACCGAUCCACCAAGUUCCUCCCAACCACCGCUCCAUUCCGCCUCCCUACACUGAUUGGGUGGACUGCGAAUAUUCUCGUGGUCAUCUCGUCCAUCUUCUGGACCAUCUUCUUCCACUUUCCCGUCACGCUCCCUGUGAAGAGUUCCAAUAUGAGUGUGAUUAACUGGUUCAUUCACGCCGGGAAACACUAUCGUGGCCCUCGAAUUGAAUUUGGGGCGGCUUGA